AUGACUGCCCCACAUUAUGCCCUCCUCUUCCAGUCUGCUGACUGCCCCACAACCAUGACUGCCCCCUCCUCUUCCAGUCUGCUCCACUCCCCAACCAAUGACUGCCCCACACAUUAUUCCCUCUCCUCUUCCAGUCUGCUCCACUACCUUCCCCAACCAAUGACAGCCAUUAUUACCUCCCCUCUUCCAGUCUGCUCCACUAGCUCCCCAACCAAUGACUGCCCCCACACAUUAUUACCUCCUCUCUUCCAGUCUGCUCCACUACCUCCCCAACCAAUGACUGCCCCACACAUUAUUCCCUCCCUCUUCCAGUCUGCUCCACUACCUCCCCAACCAAUGACUGCCCCCACAUUAUUCCCUCCCCUCUUCCAGUCUGCUCCACUACCUCCCCCCAAUGACUGCCCCACACAUUAUUCCCUCCCUCUUCCAGUCUGCUCCACUACCUCCCCAACCAAUGACUGCCCCACACAUUAUUCCCUCCCUCUUCCAGUCUGCUCCACUACCUCCCCAACCAAUGACUGCCCCACACAUUAUUCCCUCCCCUCUUCCAGUCUACUCCACUAG